CUUACUUCUAGAUGUACGAUUUCAACGGUGAUUAUGAAACUAUAUACACUGGUACCACAGACAUCAGCCAGUCUGGCUUAAUAGACACCUAUAAUGGCUCUCCUGAUCUUCCUCAAUGGAAGGGCAAGCAUUGCUCCAAUGUCCAAGGGGCAUCAGACGGAACGAAAUUCAAAGGAGGUUUGGCAAAAAACGAGAGCAUUCUGUUCUUCAGGAAGAGUCUCUGCAGGGCUGCUCCAAUGAAACAAGUUAUUAUUAACAAUGAUUGUUCGUUAUUCUUGGCCGUUCUUGAAAAUCAGACAAUUAUAGCCUUCUGUUUUUUCUGUAAAUAACUAAAAUAACAGAAGUAACGUUAUUACGAGUAUAUUAUAUUUCUUUAAUUACAUCCGAUUAUGGAAUAAAUCUGAAACAAACAAAAAAUAAUCUUUAUGUGUUAAAAUUGGCACCGAAUUGCCAUCAUACCUUUAUUGAUGUGAGUAAUUUUUUACUUUCAGAUACCAGUCGAAGAGGGUACGAAAAGUGGACUCAGAGCUUACAAAUACAUAUUUCCGGACAAUAUGUUGGACAACGGGAAAUAUAUUGAGGAGAACAAAUGCUUCUGCAGAGAAGGUAAAUGUCUCCCGGAUGGGCUGAUAGAUGUAACUGACUGCUACUACGGGUUCCCUAUAGCUCUCUCUUACCCUCAUUUCUAUAAAGGCGAAGAUGUCCUCUUUGAGAAGGUUGAAGGUCUCGAGCCUAAUCAAGAGAAACAUGAAACUAGAUACUGGAUCCAACCUGAAUCAGGUCUUCCAUUGGACGUCAGCGCGAAGUUUCAAAUCAACAUGGCUCUCUCUGACAUCUCCAGUAUUAAAAACACCGAGAGAUUCGCCAACCUGUACCUACCUUUACUUUGGUUCGAUAUUAGAAUGUACUCCCUUACACCAUCUUUGGAAGAACGGUUCAAACUUUACCUAAAUAUUUUGCCGGUUGUCGAAAAAGCGUCGAUGUAUCUCCUAUUCUUAACGGGUUCCGGUCUCAUAUUAACUACAGUAUACAUCCUAACAUUCAAAAUCAUGUUCAAAACAUUCGACCAGAAGAAACAACGCAACAUGUUCCUCGGGACAGAAGUGUGGCUAGAAAGGGAGGGUAAGAGAAAGAGUAAAGAAAGUAUUCACUGCGAUAUACCACUGAACGACUCCGAAUCAGAAGGAUCAGAUCCACAAUUCGAUACAGAUAGGCGACCGUCUUUAUUGAAAGUGCACGGAGAUAGAAUAAAAGAGCUUAGUCAUAAGCUUAGCGAUAGAAUGCAUGAUUCUGUUGGAAGUGUCAGAGAUAAAGUUAGGGAUGAACUUACACAUGUCAAAAAUAUAUUUAACGACAGAAAGAAUUCACUCAUCAACGAAUCUAAAUCGAAUGAUGCGUACAAAAGUGAUUCGGGAGAUGAUGACGUUGAAAAUGGUUAUGCUGCCGUAGCUCAAGUCGAUAGUGACGAUGAAUGUAGAUAUUUGGAAGUUGUAGAUGAUGGUAGUGGAUUCGAUGGUAAAGCAAAGCGUGAGGUUAAAAACGAUAGACUGGAACAACUAAAGAAAUUAGAUUCUAGACCUGAUGAUGAGUUAUUGCAUAUAUCGGAUUAA